CUCGCGCUAGUACCACAGGCCGUCGGUGCGCGCUGACUCUCCAAACACGCGCUGAAUAACCCAGCAUCAUCAUCCCUCCUCAUCAUCAUAUUCCCAUCAGCGUGUGCUCGAGCUGCAUCACUGACAGCAGCGCGAGGAAUUCUGUGAUACAAUGAAACAAACGCGCGCAGAUCCAUCCUAAGGUCCUGUGUGAUUUAGAGGAGAAAGGGGCUCGACUUUCCUAUAUGAUGUGCAUCUACCAGAAGCGCUGUUUGGUUUCCUCCAGCUCCCCGUGAGCAGAAGUGUUUCUCGUUCUCCUGAUCUGCUCUGUCAUGAUGUCACGGUACCAUCAGCAUUUUGAGCGGGAUUUCCGUAGCGUGUGGGAGCGGAGGGAGCGUUGCAUCACCAACAGCAGCUGCGGCGGCACCGUUAACGGCUGUAUCUCCACGUCUGCCUCUUCCGUCCCUAACAGUGGCAACAACCGUCCCGGCCUCCUCCCCCUGCCCGUCAUCCCCUCGCUCCUGCCUACCCCGGUCACCGGUACAACCAGCACGUCCAAUAGUGAGCUGACCUGCAAGCGAUUAGCUCCCACCUGUACGACCUCCUCGACUAAGGUCUCUGGGCACCCGUUGGCAGACACACAGAAUCAGGGCCAGGUCCUGGCUAAUAGCGUCCUGUGGGGACAAACACCCAUUAACCAGUCCACGCCCUGGGACACGGACGAGCCGCCUGCAAAACAGAUGAGGGAGAAAGAUAUCGCAGCGCCUCUAUGGCCACCGCAAGUUGCUGCCACUGUCAGCCAGGCUGGACUCUUGGCGCACACGUACGCCCUGCAGCAGGCACCAGCUUACAGUCAAUGUGCGACUGUCCAAGCGCCCAUUAUCGGCGUGACCCCAGCGCUCCACACUCCUCACCCUCAGUUACCCGCACUCUACCAGCUCCCUCAGCAGCCUUCACAGCCGAUGGCCAGCAUGGUCCUCAACGUCCAUAGCCAAUCCCUUGCUGUCGGCGGCCUGCCCCCAAUGCCCAGCGUCUGCCAGGUCGCCCAUACGGUCCACACGGUGAUGGGCAACGGUCACCUGACCCACCCCAUGGUGCAAUCUGCUGCCAUGACCUCCUCCACACUGCCCACCAACGGACCUCUGACGAAUGGCCAGCAGGAGAAUACCAACAAUGGCCUGCAGAUGCUGAGAACGGUCGGACCAGGGAAAUAUGAAUUUACAGACCCCUGGCAUCCCAAAGAAAUGUUGAAGGAAUUGAACCAGCAGCGGAGAGAGAAAGAGUUUACAGACCUGAAAAUAAUUGUUGAAGGCAAAGAGUUUGAAGUCCAUCAAAAUGUUCUAGCUUCCUGCAGCUUGUAUUUCAAGGACAUGGUGAAAAGGUUAUCGGGCGAGAACAGAAAUGGUGAGAAGAUGCAGCUGACGAUGAGCAACAUCGGUUCAGACGUUCUGGAGCUUCUCCUGGAGUUUGUUUAUACCGGUUCCCUCAUUAUCGACUCGGCCAACGCCAAGACCUUACUGGAGGCGGCCAACAAGUUCCAGUUCAACACUUUCUGCAAAGUCUGUAUCUCCUUCCUCGAGAAACAGCUGACGGCCAGUAACUGUCUGGGAGUAUUGGCCAUGGCAGAGGCGAUGCAGUGCACUGAGCUCCACAACAUGGCAAAGGCCUUCGCCCUGCAGAACUUCCCCGAUGUGUCCGGUCAAGAUGAGAUUCUGAACAUUUCCAAAGAAGACCUGGUUAGUUACAUGUCCAACGACAGCCUGAACACAAAAGCUGAGGAGCUGGUCUAUGAGACGGUCAUUAAAUGGAUUAAAAAGGAUCCCAGCAGCAGAGUCCAGCAUGUGUCUGAGCUGUUGGCGGUGGUGCGGCUUCCGUUUAUUCAUCCCAGCUACCUGCUGAACGUGGUGGACAACGAGGAGCUGAUUAAAUCUUCUGAGGCCUGCAGAGAUCUGGUGAACGAAGCCAAGCGCUACCACAUGCUGCCACAUGCCCGCCAAGAGAUGCAGACGCCCAGAACUCGCCCGCGACUGUCUGCCGGUGUCGCUGAGGUGAUCGUGCUGGUGGGUGGGCGGCAGGUCAUCGGUAUGAACCAACGCUCGCUGACAGCCGUCACUUGCUUCAACCCUCAGAACAACAAGUGGUACCCCCUGGCCAGCUUGCCUUUCUACAACCGCGAGUUCUUCUCCGUCGUAUCGGCGGGGGAUAAUAUCUACCUGUCAGGUGGCAUUGAGUCGGGAGUCACGCUGGCAGACGUGUGGUGCUACAUGUCCCUGCUGGAUAAUUGGAAUCUUGUGUCUCGGAUGACAGUCCCGCGGUGCCGGCACAACAGCGUGGUGUACGACGGCAAGCUUUAUGCCAUUGGAGGACUUGGAGUGGCCGGAAACCUUGAUAACGUGGAAAGGUAUGACACCAUCACUAACCAGUGGGAGAUGGUGGCUUCUUUGCCCAAACCUGUCCAUUCUGCAGCAGCAACUGUCUGUGGAGGGAAGAUCUAUGUGUUUGGAGGAGUGAAUGAGGCCGGUCGCUCUGCUGGAGUGCUUCAAUCAUAUGUGCCUCAAACCAACGCCUGGAGCUUUAUUGAGUCGCCUAUGAUCGAUAACAAAUACGCCCCGGCUGUGACUCUGAAUGGAUAUAUCUUCAUCCUGGGAGGAGCAUACGCCAGAGCCACCACCAUCUACGACCCUGAGAAAGGGAACAUCAAAGCAGGACCCAACAUGAACCACUCCAGACAGUUCUGCAGUGCGGUGGUCCUAGAUGGGAAGAUCUACGCGACCGGUGGCAUUGUGAGCAGCGAGGGCCCGGCUCUGGGAACCAUGGAGGCUUUCGACCCCUGUGCCAACGUGUGGACUCUGCAGCAGAGCCUGCCCUGCCCACUCUUUAGACACGGCUGCGUGGUAAUUAAGAAGUACAUUCAGAGUGGUUGACGCUGACACAGGCGAACACAACUCCACCGCCUCUAGCACACCGGACACCCACUUUCCACACGCCCAGGAUUAAGUGCUGAUACAGAAGCCUCGCUCACUUUCUGACACCAACUCGGAAUGUAGAAGCUAAUCAUCUCUGCCGGGCGCAAACAUGCCUUCGUGUAAUAUAGUGCACCUGACAGAGCUGUCAUUGAUGUGUUUCGUGGCUGUAGCCUAAUGCUCUGUGGCCAUCGGGAUUGAAUCUGUUUUCCCUUCUACAUAAUUCCUUUUUAUCUCUGUUUACAGAUUUCUGAAUCAUUUUUUGCAUUGCUACCAUUUUAAUGUUUGCAUAAUGUUCUUUUCAUUUUUUCUUACAGCAAUACUGUAAAAUUACACCGUCUGGUUUCAGUAAUCUGUGUAAUGGUUCACUCAGUCGUAUCACUAUUUCAUCAUAUCCAAUUCACAAGCACUUUUUAAUUACGUAGGGGAACAAAGGGACAAAUUGCUUCUCUCAAAGUGCACUAAAACCUCAUUGGACCCUUUGCUAAGCUCCACCUGACUUUGUUACUGUUGCUCACUCACACAAAUUUGACAAGAAUGGUGCAAUUGUUAGUAAAAGGAGCUCAUGAAGUGGUAAAAAUGGAUUGGAUAUUUUUCUUACGUGGGCUAGAAAGAAGCGUGACAUUGCAGAGAAUCUUUUAUCCGCCGUUUUUGAUCCGAAACUGAUAAAUUACACAGUAAAGUGAUUAAAAACUGUGAGACUGUGAACAGAGACUGCCAAAUUCUUCUUACAAUCACUGAAAAGAGAAAAGCAAUUACAGCUGAUUACCACUUAUACCUUAGUAUAAGUGAAUAGAACCGCUAUGAAAUCAAUAUAUCAGAUGACAUUUAAGUAAGAAACAUGCAUUCAUAUUGGAACAACAGUACACUAUAAAAAAACACGAUUCUUGAUUAGUAUUUUGACUUGCUUUCCAGAUAAAAUAAUUAAAAAUCUGGAUGGUUGAUACCAGAUACAUUUACUAAAGAAGCUGCCAGUGCAUUGCAAACAGAAGUAAAGUAAGAAGACAUAACACAGAACACAUACAGUAUUUACCUACAGUAUAUUCUUCUUAAGAAGAUUUAUCUUGUUUUAAGAUUUUCAUUAGAUAUGUAGUUAAAAAAUUCAAAAUUCAAAACUUAAGAUUAUGUUAUGUUUUUUUUCUGAUGUCCUAGAUGUUGAUUGGGUAAUGAGAGUUUAAUUUAUUACUCAAGGUUUAUUUAAUGAUUUAAAAAAAAAAAAUUAAAAUUAUUCAAACACUUACAUUAGAAUGGAACAAAAGCUUGUCUGAUGGUACACAGCAACAGUUGCUACAGGUAGGGCUGGCGAGGGGUCAAUUAUAACCAGGCCUGGAGAGAAUCUGUUCUUUGGGAAAUCUGUGGAAUGGAUUUGAAGUCAAUUUGAAACUAAGAUUGAUUGAUUUUUAUAGUGAAUGAUUCACAAGGACACAUUACUCUAAUGAGAAAUGUCUUGUCAUCUUUCAACAAAAGGGAAUAACUUGAAACGACCUCUGACACUACUUUUCGUUUCUGUUGACAUCCUUAUACUGCAAUAAAUCACUAAUUUAUCUUGUUUUUUAAUAUAAACAUUUAACGCCUAGGGGACUUCAAAAUUUCAUUUCAAGUUUCAAGGAAAAAAUUUCAAGUAAAAAAAAACAAAAAACUUGUUUUCAGAGAAUUUACGAUAUCUUCCUGAAUUAAGUUUACUUUCCUUCCCUCAUUGGAAAGUUGUUUUAUCCUGUUUUAAGCCAAAAUCCUACUUAAUUUAGUAAGGUUUAAGCUUAACAGGGAAAGUAAACAUAAAUAAACAUAAUGCAAGAUAUAUUCUCUGCAAAUCCUCCCUUCCAACCACCUGGCUCAAUUAUUCACCAGCCGUCCAGUUCCCGGGGGAUGAAAUCAAGUUCUAUAUCUAUUUUUCUCAUUUGGUUUCAGUAAGUGUCACAUCAUGGAGGUAAAAUGGGUUUUCCAAUGGUGUUUGAUGUUGAUUUUAAAAACUGUGGGGCCGAUUCCAACCCAAAAACAAACCUGUGGCAACGUUUCUGCAAAAUGAUAAUACAUCGCAUCGUGCACUUUUCACAACAGUUUUAAAGUGAAAUCCUCAGCUAAAUGUUUGGAGCUAAGUGAAUCUGGCAAUGUUUUAUUAUGUUGGUUUUGUACGUAUCACAGUAGCUGUGAUUUGAAAUGUCCAGUAAGUGACGCUUAAAGGUUAAUGCUCCAUCACUUUUUAAAAUAACGUACACCUACACUAAACUGUACACCUACCAGAUAGUGUUAACAAAAGCAAAUGUGACAUAAAAACGCUUUUUAGCUUUUAAAAAACGUGACAUUUUAGCUUAAAUGUUUAACUUAAACAUUUAAUAUCUGAGCUUAAACAUUUUAGCUCAAGUCUUUGAGCUCUUUUGUCGUAACUCUUGUUUCAUAGGGUUCGCACCCAAGCAAACAAACUUAGUAUGUCAGAAAAGUUAAAACAUAUGAAGCUAGUUACGUGAACUCCAAAAUGUAUUAGUUCAUGAUUUGUAAAGGAUCUAUGGUGUAGCAAUGUUUAAAGCCUCAGGGAAGGAGGAGGCGGGAAUCAACGUAAAUUAAAUGAAAAAAUAAACAAA